AUGAGAGUUUUGGGACCAGAAAUAAUUAGAAGGACAGUUGAGACAAUCGAUAAGAUCCGUGCAAGGAUAAAGGCUGCACAGGAUCAACAGAAGAGCUAUGCGGAUACACGGAGGAAGGAUUUAGAAUUCAAAAUACUUGAUAGGGUCGAAAAUGUAACCUAUCGGUUAGCUCUCCCACCUAGGUUAUCGACCCCACACAACGUGUUCCAUGUAUCAAUGAUCAAGAAAUACAUGCAUGUUCCUAAUCACGUAGUGAACUAUCAGUCUGUUGAAGUACAAAAGGACUUAUCGUAUGAAAAUGUACCAAUUAGGAUAUUGGAUCGAAAG